AUGGCGGUCGCGGCGCGCCCCUCCCGCCCCGGCGCCGGCACCGCGGCGUUCUGGAGCCGAGACUUUUCUGAUGAAGAACAAUCAGUAGUAUAUGUGCCAGGGAUCUCUACAGAAGGAAAUAUCAGAUCAAGACACAAGUCAAUGAGUCCAAAAGCUAAUGUUAAAGUUAAGACAUCCAAGGUGACCGCUGCUUCAAUCUCCAUGGAGUCUUUAAAAGGUGCCGGAGAUUUCGUAAGUGAACAGAAUUUCUGCAAGGGAGGAAUGAAGAGUGCAUCAUUAAAGGAUUUAUGUCUUGAAGACAAAAGACGCAUUGCAAAUUUAAUUAAAGAACUGGCCAGAGUAAGCGAGGAAAAGGAAGUGACCGAAGAACGACUCAAAGCUGAGCAGGAAUCAUUUGAGAAGAAGAUCAGGCAGUUGGGAGAACAGAAUGAACUGAUCAUCAAAGAGAGGGAAGAUAUCCUUUUUGAAAGUUCUCUUUUUUAA